AUGCUCGGUCUUCCAAUGCGUCCACCAGUAAAGACGCGUCGCCACCACCCGCGAAGAAGACAACCCGCAAGAAGAAGACCGACGAUGCCUCCGAAACGGCUCCCGCACCCAAAAAGGCCAAAACUACUGCCAAAAAGCCGGCUGCUAAGAAAGGCAAGAAAGCAGUGGACGAUACGUGCGCAUAUUAAUCAUAUUUUCCCAUUAACAUUGCUGAUCUUCAUCAUCCUCCAUGCCUCUUCCUCGCGUCCCUUCUACCAUGCUGCACUCUUCACAUUCCGCAAAUAUUUUAGGGACGAUAACAGCGACGCUGAACUCAAGCUUGACGACGACACGCAGACCUCUGCGCCACCCCCAACCAAGGCUGCAGCAACCAAAUCAACUCCUGGCAAAGUCGAGCCUUACAGUGCUGAACGCGCCGCUUCCAUCUUCACCAAGUAUGCCGACGAGGAUGACCCAAAUGUCAUCGGUCCAGAAGGUCUCGAGCGCUUUUGCACCGACGCCGAGAUACCCCUCGAAGGCGCACUUCCACUAAUCAUCGCCUGGCAAUUAGACGCGAAGGAAAUGGGCAAAUUCACCAAGGAAGAGUGGACCAAGGGAACGGACUCUAUUAGAAUUUCUUCUCUACCUCAACUCGCCAUGUUUGCCUCCGACCUCGAGCAAUUGCUAACCAAAGGCAAGGCCCCAGCGAAGAGCGGGAACAAAAAGGACCCGUACGACCGUAGCGCUAUAAGCCGAUAUACUGCGGACCCCAAAGCGGCUUUCCAAACUUUCUACUCUUAUUGUUUCAGUUAUGCAAAGCCCGAACAAUCUCGCAACAUCGACAUGGAGACUUCGGUGGCGUUGUGGGGUGUUCUGCUUACCCCUCAAUAUCCUAUCAUGAGCGAAGUCCUUGAGUUUAUUGGCGAAAAGGACGGAGCAUAUAAGGCGACCAACAAAGAUCUCUGGAGCAUGAUGCUCGAGUUCUGCCGCACGAUCAAGCCUUCGCUGCAAGACUACGAGGCCGAUGGGGCGUGGCCGACCCUCCUCGAUGACUUUGUUGCUUGGAAGAAGGAAAAGAUGGGCAACGGAGCUGUAAAUUAA